AUGGGUGAUUGGUAUACGGGUACAUUUGCGGCGGCGGAGCCGUCGUACGCGCCGAUGCGAUGUUGCCUCUGCGGGGACGUCGUUGCGAAGCCGACUGCUUCUAGGAUGUGCCACCUGUGUAUCUCGAAAAACGUCAACCUGUCGCAGGAGGUGGCGACACACUGUACGAUUUUGCAGUGUGGAACGUGCAAAAAGUUCUUCCACGACAGAUGGCUCAAUUGCGAGAUGGAAAGCAGGGAGCUGCUGUCCAUAUGCCUGAAGAAGGUUAAGGGGCUGGACGCCAUGAAGAUCAUAAACGCGUCGUUCGUCUUCACGGAGCACCACAGCAAGCAGCUCAAAGUGAAGAUCUGCGUGCAGAAGGAGGUGGACAACAGCUUCGUGGUUGAGCAGACAUUCGUGAUCGACUUCGCCAUCAGGUCGAGCCAGUGCGACUACUGCAAGCGCAUGUACACACCGCACACGUGGAAGGCGAUGGUGCAGAUCAGGCAGAAGACCAAGGACAAGCGGCACAUCCUCAUGUUGGAGCAGGUCAUCAUCAAGCACAACGCGCACGAGAACGUGUCCAGCAUCCUCUCCAGGCGCAACGGCUUCGAUCUGCACUUCCAAAGCAAGACUUGUGCCCAAAAGUUCGCCGACUUCAUCUCCGACAAGAUCGUGUCGCAAGUCAAAAACAGCAAGAAGCUGAUCACGCAGGACAGCGUGAACAACAAGUGGGAUUACAAGUACACACUGCAGGUUACGCUCAUUCCCAUCUGCGCAGACGACCUGGUGUUCCUGCCGCCGAAGGUGGCCUCGAUGAACGGCGGUGUCUCGCCUUUCAUGCUGUGCGUCAACCUGACCACCACCAUCAGUCUAAUCGACCCGUUCACGUUACGUACGUUGGAGGUCUCUGGAGACAAGUACUGGAAGAACCCGUUCUCGUCGCGUGAGUUUAGCAGCCCGAAUGCCGCCCACCAAAUCGUUCCAGUGUUCACCAAGUUCAACCUCUGCAACUUCAUCAUCCUCAACGUCGAGAAGGACCGCGAAAGCAAGAACACACACCCGUACUAUGAGCUCGUCGACGUCGAGAUUAUGGCAGUCAACUCUUCAACCGUCAUUUACACGAAAUCGCAUCUGGGGAAGGCGCUGGCUGUGGGCGACACCUUCAGCGGCUACGACAUCAGACGAAUCAACAUGAACGGCCUCGCCGAGGAGGAAACCGACAUCACUAACAAGAUACCCUUUGACGUGAUCCUCGUCCGCAAGGUCAAGAACAAGAGGGCUUUCAAAACCAACUGGGUGCUCAAGAGGAUCGUGCAGACGAAGGGCGGCGAAUCGGACGAUGAGAUUGAGGAGGACGAGCUGCUUGAUUUCAAGGAGGAGCUGAUGAACAAGAAGGAACUGCAGCGCAACGUCGAUUUCUACCAGAAUCCGAAGAUGCAAGUGUCUAAGGACGGCAGCGCCGAGGGCGGGGAACUCGACGUGCUCGCGUCGCAGCUCAAGGAGCUCUCGCUACAAGACACGAACUACUUCUGA